UUUUAUUAGUUUUUCGUUUUGGUUUGGCGAACCGGCUUCUUGGAUUUUCAAUGAAGAAAUAAAUAAGCGAGAUUUAAAUAAGCGAGUUUUUAAUUUAAUAAUAAAUAAUUGUGCCUAUGCUCAGAUUCACAAAUGUCUGAAGAAACUACAGAAGAACGACAGGAUAACGAACUAGCGGCGUUACAGGCUAUCUAUGGUGAAGAUGUAACUGAUAAUAGAACAUCAGUGCAAUCUAAAGCAUGGAGACCCUUAGAUAUACAGUUGAAAUUAUACCCGCACCGUAACUCGGAGAUCAAGGAUGUAGAUUGCUACAUCAUUCUGAAUGUCAAAUGUUGCUCAUCAUAUCCAGACAAACCACCUAAAAUAUCCUUCAAGAAAAUUCAUGGUUUAUCAACCGAUAAUGGUAAUAAAUUGUUAUCAGAACUGAAAGCUUUAGCAUCACAACACUGCGGGGAAGUUAUGAUAUUUGAAUUAAGUCAACAUGUUCAGCAAUUCCUCCAUGAUCACCACAAACCUAUACUUUCUUGCUAUGAAGAGAUGCUGAUUCAGAAGAGAGAGAUGGAACAGUCGAAAUUACACAAUAUCCAAAGCAAAACAAAUGAGGAGGUAUUAAAACAAGUACAGUCAGUUUCUGAAUUGAGAAAAGUACAAAAUCUCAACUGA